CACUGUCCUCUCCACCACAUGACGGCGCCACCCUCCUCGUUCGCCUGCACUUUCAGCACGCCCAGUCAUUUCUUGGACCGUUCCCUCUCCAGUCGAGCCACACUUGCUCCAUCCCUCUUUCUCCCUAGCCCCUGAAAUCCACGUCCACUCCACUCGAGGACCGUCGCGAGCCCGAGGUAUCGAGCGCGGGACACCAUGGCGGACAGCGCGAGCGAGAGCGACACGGAUGGCGCGGGCAGCAGCAGCAGCUCCGCCACCCCGCAGUCCUCGGCGGCCGCCUCCAACACCACUACGACCACAACGAACGCCGCCACCAAAGCCCAGGGCGUCGUGAUCUCGCAGUCCCGCCUGGAGGAGCUGACAAACCGGCUCGCGUCGCUGCAGCAGGAGAACAAAGUGCUGAAGAUCGAGCUGGAGACGUUCAAGCUGAAGUGCAAGGCGCUGCAGGAGGAGAACCGCGACCUGCGCAAAGCUAGCGUCACCAUCCAAGCGCGUGCAGAACAAGAAGAGGAGUUCAUCUCCAACACUUUGUUUAAGAAGAUUCAGGCUCUGCAAAAGGAGAAAGAGACACUCGCUGUCAACUAUGAGAAAGAAGAGGAGUUCCUUACCAAUGACUUGUCCAGGAAGCUCAUGCAGCUUCAGCAUGAAAAGGCAGAGUUGGAGCAGCAUUUGGAGCAAGAGCAGGAAUUCCAGGUCAAUAAACUGAUGAAGAAGAUCAAAAAACUGGAGAAUGACACCAUCUCCAAACAGCUCACUCUAGAGCAGCUCCGACGUGAGAAGAUUGAUCUGGAAAACACUCUGGAACAAGAGCAGGAGGCACUAGUCAACCGGCUUUGGAAGCGCAUGGACAAACUCGAGGCAGAGAAAAGGAUUCUGCAGGAGAAGCUUGACCAGCCAGUGUCAGCCCCGCCCUCUCCACGUGAAGUUUCCAUGGAGAUUGACUCUCCGGAGAACAUGAUGCGGCACAUCCGCUUCCUCAAGAGUGAAGUGGAGAGGCUCAAACGCAGCCUCCGCACUACAGAGCUCCAGCACACAGAGAAGCGGGCUCAAUAUAUUGAGGAGGAAAGGCAGAUGAGGGAAGAGAACAUUCGUCUACAGAGGAAACUCCAGAGAGAAAUGGAGAGAAGGGAGGCACUGUGUAGACAGCUGUCAGAGAGUGAGAGCAGCCUUGAGAUGGACGAUGAGAGAUAUUUUAAUGAGAUGUCUGCUCAGGGACUGAGAGCUCGUACGGUGUCCAGCCCAAUCCCCUACACCCCGUCUCCCUCCUCCAGCCGCCCCAUCUCCCCUGGUUUGUCGUACGCAAGUCACACGGUUGGUUUCACCCCUCCGGCCACGCUGAGCCGAGCACCACUCCCCCACUACACAUCUCCCGGGCUACACAUCCACCCAGGACCCUCACACGCUGUACAGAGGCCAUCCCCAAGGAGAAGCACCAGCCCAGAUAAGUUUAAGCGUCCGACGCCGCCUCCCUCCCCAAACACACACUCUGGAGCACAGCACCCUCCUCCACCACCACCACCACCCGCACAGCCGAUGAUGCAGUCCGGCUCCUCCCACUCUGUGACAUCACAGAAUCCCCCCUCUCAGCCUUAAUGCAUGCACCGUGCGCUACCUUAAGCUAGGCUGCUCCAAGCUAGGCUACACUACUACUACAAUGACAACAACUCAGUGAUCCUCCACUGGGCAAAGGUUGGAAGGGAUUGGAACGGAUAUGGAAUUAGAGGACCGUUGAACUGGGGAGCGAAAGGACUAGGAAUGUGAAAAGGGAGAAAGUGUAGAUGCUUGGCCGACUGACAGAUCCAUAACCAGCCCCAUGCCGUUAAAUUUCAUUAUACUUACUGUGUUUUUUUUUUUUAUGUAAAGUGAUCAAGCUGGUUCAGGAAACGAUUAGGAAAGGAUAGGAAGAUUGUUCGAGAGGGUUGUCAGCUGCGUAUGCCUGUUUUUUAAUUUUUUUCCUGCCCCCAUUUAAUCUUAUUUGUUUAAACCGAUUGACUGUUAAAUGUAAUCGAAAUUUUCCAUUUAAUAAACAACUCAACACUCAUUUGGAUAAAUCUUUAUGAGUGCAUCUUCACAGAAGUUGAAAAGAAAUCCCAGCACAUUUGCCGUGGGGGCGGCAGUAGAACUUUUUCUUUUGUUUUAUUGUCUGUCUGUUCGUUUUAGGCCGUUUUUGUUUGUAAAACAGACGUGUGUGUGUGUGUGUGUUUGUGUGGCUCGUUGGCAGUAUGUAGAUGGUAAAGAAGACAGACUGAAAUGUACUGAAACAGCACUUGUUGCCUCUCUGCGUGUGUAUUAUAGUGGGAUUAUAGUGUUUGUGUGUGCGGGUGUUUGUGUGUGUCUGCACAGCCAUAGAGGUUUCCCACGACUGCUGGUCAGGGACCAGUCUCCCUGCUAGAAUCCAAACAUGACCCACUACGAAAACAAAGUCAGUACUGGUUUCUGAUCAGCAGCUCAACCUCUCUCAGAGCCCUCGCUGUAAAGUGAGUGCCCUGAACGCUUAUUCAGAUGGGGAAUUUUGCUUAAUGCCAGUGUCAUAUAACACCUAAACAUGAACCGACAUGUUGAUGCAACAAAACACGGUACUGUUGAACAAUUAACUCAACAUGAUUAAAUGCUUGUACAAAAAAACCUUUGUGUGUGAGAUUU